AGGUUGCGGCCCCCGAGACACCUCAGUUGCGGUAAUGGCCGCCGCCAAUGGCGUGUAGCUGGUGGAAAAGACAAUAGAGUAGUCGUGCAGGCCAGGUCAACAACAACGGGACAAAACGGUACAGGACAGCAGACGAGAAUCACGGGUCACGGGCCGAGUUCAGCAACGGAGGGUCAGAUCAAAGAAGAACACAAAGAAUGGUCAGGUCACAAGCUGAGUCAGAUUCCAGGAGAGUCACGAGAGUCAGAACAGAGUAAUAGCAACACAAAGACACAAGACACAAGUGCAAAGGGCAUGUGCGGACCACAGGCUUAUAUGUAAUCAGCCACACCCCUCUGGGGGAUGGACCUCAGAGACCAGAAGGCAUAA